GACCUUUUGUCGCUCAGCAGAUUCAGAUCUUCCCCAACUCGAACAAUCAAUUCUGAAAUGGAGUUUACAGAGCAGCAGCUUAAAGAAUUCGACGGCUCUAAUCCAAGCAAGCCCAUAUACGUCGCAAUCAAGGGAAGGAUCUUUGACGUCUCCUCCGCCAAGAACUUCUAUGGUCCUGGCGGUUCCUACUGCAUGUUCGCCGGCAAAGAUGCGAGUCGAGCUCUGGCCAAGAUGAGCAAGAACGAAGAAGACGUCUGUGCUUCCCUUGAUGGCCUCUCUGAGAAAGAGAUGGGUGUUCUCAACGAUUGGGAGAAGAAGUUCGAAGCUAAGUACUCUGUUGUAGGUCGCGUUGCCUAGCCUCCAUUAAAUAGAUAGUGUGAUCAAAGUAAUGUUCUGGGUCUCUGUUUGAUUUGUGAAAAGGGUCCUUUUUGUUGUUGCUGAUGACGAUGAUGUUGUGUGUAGAUUUGGGGAUGUGUGGAUAAUGGUUAAUUAAAUAAAUGAUGGUUGUGUGA